AUGUCUCGACGCCCUACUCCGGGCCAAGCCGCCCAAAACUCGCAGACCAUCAAGGGUUUGCUGAAACUGGAACACAACAAGAUCUGUGCCGACUGUAAACGGAACAAGCAUCCGCGAUGGGCUUCCUGGAACUUGGGUGUGUUUGUUUGCAUUCGGUGCUCCGGAAUCCACAGGGGUAUGGGAACGCAUAUCAGUCGAGUCAAGUCCGUGGAUCUCGAUGCCUGGACCGAUGAGCAGCUUCAGAGUGUGAUCAAAUGGGGAAACUCGAGGGCGAACAAGUACUGGGAAGCCAAGUUGGCACCGGGCCACGCUCCCUCGGAAUCGAAAAUUGAGAACUUCAUUCGGACAAAGUACGAGAGCAAGCGAUGGGUGAUGGACGGCGGUUUACCAGAUCCCUCCACCCUGGAUGAUGGCGACGACGAUGUGCCUCUCGCCGUGGUACAAGAGAAAGCCAAGAUUGAACGUUCCGCUUCGCAACGAGUCGCCGCUCCUAGCCAGCCUCCGGUACACCGUCAACAAGCCUCAAUUGACUUGUUCGGCGAUGAUAUCUCUCCUCCUACCCGGCCAAGCACGACCGAUCCUACUCCGCGUGCGCCCCCGAGACAGGUACAGCCUGCGCCGGUCAAGACACACAAGCCUAAUGAUUCACUACUGGGCCUGGACUUCUUCGGCAGCACCCAGCCGUCUGCCGGCAGUCGCCCAACUAGCACGGCAUCCACACCGGCCGCUCCCAGCGGAAUGUCUCGUCCCGAUCUCAAACAAUCAAUUCUAUCUUUGUACGCGAAGCCACAACCUGCACCCGUGCAGCAUGAGCGAACGAACUCAUUUGGUGACAUGGCCUCUCCCCCGGCGCCAUCCGGUCACUCCAACAUGGGUGGCUUGACCGAUGCCUUCAGUGGGCUGAGCUUCCCGACUACUACUUCUCCUCCGCCUCCUAGGUCCGCCGAGAAGCCCUCGCCAUUCGCCAACCUUACAUCUUUCGCCAAGUCCACCCCCGCUGCCCCGAAGGUCACAUCUCCUUCCGGGUCCGCCAGCGGCGACCUCUUCGAUAGCCUCACCUCUCCAACAAUGUCUGCCCCGAAGCCCCAAUCCCGCACGACCUCGGUUUCCUCGAACGGCCAGGACUGGGGAUUUGGUGGAUUUGCUUCUCCCCCUCCAACCGCUAAGCCAAACCCUCCAUCGUCAUCUCUCUCAAAUGACUUGUUCGGUCUUUCUUCGCCUCCUCCCGUCUCUGCCUCUACGAUGUCGCCUCCGAAGCCCACUGCAACCUCUCCCCAGCAGGAAAUGAAAUCUGCAUUUAAUAUCUCCAGUCCCCCGCUGCAGCCCCCUGCGCCUCCCAAGGCGCCAGCCACUACUGCCGCCAACGCUGCCGCUGCCAACAUGAUGUCGGGCAGCCUUGAUCCCUGGGGUGGUAAUGCAUGGAGCACACCUGACCGUGCCCCAUCUCCCGCAGCUGCUGCUCCAUCCAUUGCUUCCACGAUGAAGGUUCCUGACACCCUGACUCCCAACGACCUUGGAAAUGGAUGGGGCGCACCAACCCCUGCGGCAAAGCCCGCGCCCACUGUCGCAGCUGACGAAGACUUCGGCGGCUGGGCCAGCGCUGCUCCAGUCUCCAACCCUACCCCAUCAAGCACCAACACUUCCAAGCCCGCCGGAGGGUUCGGAGGAUCAGACGACCUCUUCUCUAAUGUUUGGGAGUAG